AUGGGUGUCUUCAACCGCAAAGCAGAACUAGCAGACACGCCCAGCGAGGUUCUGAACUGGCGUCUAUACUGGUCCACUUUCGUUUUCGGUAUCCUUGGCGCGAGCCGUGGACUCGAUGAGGGCCUCGUUGGGGGCAUGGUCGGUAUGAAGAGCUUCAAGCACGAGUUUCCCGCCAUGGAACAAGGCAGUGAGGACGCGCAGGCCAACCGAGAAUCCAACGUGACAAGCAUGGUCCAACUAGGAUCCAUAGCUGGCGCCCUCCUGGCCUUUCUACUCUGCGACAAGAUCGGCCGCGUGCGAUCGCUGCAGGCCUUGUGUGUGUUGUGGCUCACAGGCUUUAUUAUCGUGGUCACCAGUUACGGCAACCUUGGUCAAAUCCUAGCUGGUCGCUUCAUAGCCGGGCUCGGUGUCGGAAUGACCACCGUCGUUGGCCCAACUUACCUUGUCGAGGUGGCCCCCAGGGCCAUCAGAGGCAUGUUGACGAACAUCUUUGCCGGUUCAGUCUAUUUGGGAGUUAUGGUCGCCUAUUUCAGCAACUGGGGCGCAUCUAUCAACCUUCCUAGCUCUUCGAGGCUACAAUGGGUUGCGCCCCAGACAGCCCAUAUUGGAUUCGCCGGACUGCUUCUAAUCCUUAGCUUUACCGUCAAUGAAACGCCAAGGUUCCUGAUAAUGAGCGGACAGCAUGAAAAGGCCAUCAAGAACCUCUGUCUACUCCGACAGCUGCCCGAAGACCAUCCAUUCGUUUCUAGCGAAAUCUUGGAUGUCAAAGAGCAACUUGAAAGAGAGAAAGAAGCGACCAUGGGGACCACCCGGUGGGGUAAGCUUCGUGAAUUGGUCAUGAUUCCUUCCAACCGCUACCGCUUCAUGCUCGGUAUCAUGUCACAACUGCUUGGUCAGUGGUCAGGCGCAAGUGCAAUCACCAUCUACGCCGCUCAAUUCUUCGCGACACUCGGCAAAACCGGUCAGUCGGAGAAGCUCUUCGCCACCUGCAUUCUCGGCGUGGUCAAACUUUGCUCGGCUUACCUGUGCGCUUUCUUCCUCAUUGAUUUCUUCGGCCGUCGACGAUCGCUGUACAUGGGCAUCACACUCCAGUUCUUAGCCAUCCUCUACAUCGCCAUCUACCUAACAGUGGUCCCGCCUUCAACGCUCGAAAGUCUUGAGCUUUCGCCUUCCCAGAAGCAUGCUGCUACGGCUGCUAUUGCUUCUAUCUACCUAUCUGGUUUUGGAUGGGCUAUGGGUUGGAACUCCUUCCAAUACCUCGUCAAUGCUGAAGUCUACCCGGUCCGGCUACGCGCUCUUGGUUCCUCAAUCGUCAUGUGCUUCCACUUUGUCAACCAAUUCGGCAACACCAAGGCAGUUCCGACAAUGCUCCUGAAGAUGGGCACCUCCGGCUUCUUCUUCUUCUGCUCGGUGAUCUGCAUCCUCGGAUUGGCCUGGGUCUGGUUUUUCGUGCCCGAGACGCGCGGACGAUCGUUGGAGAGCAUGGACACGCUCUUCAGCCUUCCAUGGCAUCAAAUUGGCCGCAACGGAAGGAAGCUCACUGAGCAUUGCGGCGCGCACGCGGACGAGGAGGUUGGCGGCCAGGACACCGAGAAAGAAGCAAAAGUGCAGCUGGAGACAGUUCAGGCACGGUAA